AAUGGCAAAGCCACUGGGGUGAUAAGGUAAUUGAACCUCAGAUCUACGCCAGACGCUCCACUCGCUGCUUCAAUUCACGCGCCCUCUCAUUUCGUCUUCGUGACAGGAGCAAAGAGAGCCAGAAAGGUAGUGUAGAGAGAAAAACGAAAAAAGAAAAUAUUUAAAACCCAAAAGAAAAUUUCCCAAUCCAAACUAGGGUUAGGGUUAUCCCUAAUCCGUAUAACGGUUCUCACGCUUGAUUAUUCCAACUGGUAUAUCAAAGAUGGGCGCUAAUCCCUCACCAACAGACUCAACCACCGAUCUCGAUGAGCAGAUCUCGCAGCUCAUGCAGUGUAAGCCGCUUUCGGAGCAGCAGGUCAGAGCAUUAUGUGACAAGGCAAAGGAAAUAUUAAUGGAAGAAAGCAAUGUCCAGCCUGUGAAAAGCCCUGUGACAAUUUGUGGUGAUAUUCAUGGGCAGUUUCAUGAUCUUGCAGAACUUUUUCGAAUUGGAGGGAAGUGUCCGGAUACAAAUUACUUGUUUAUGGGAGAUUAUGUGGAUCGUGGGUACUAUUCUGUUGAAACUGUUACGCUAUUGGUGGCUUUAAAAGUCCGUUAUCCACAGCGGAUUACCAUUCUCAGAGGAAAUCAUGAAAGCCGCCAGAUCACUCAGGUUUACGGGUUUUAUGAUGAAUGUCUGCGAAAGUAUGGCAGUGCUAAUGUUUGGAAGAUCUUUACAGACCUUUUUGACUAUUUUCCAUUAACUGCUUUGGUGGAGUCGGAAAUAUUUUGUCUGCAUGGAGGACUGUCCCCUUCGAUUGAAACUCUGGAUAACAUAAGAAAUUUUGAUCGUGUUCAAGAGGUUCCUCAUGAAGGGCCCAUGUGUGAUUUAUUAUGGUCUGACCCAGAUGAUAGAUGUGGUUGGGGUAUCUCACCGCGUGGUGCUGGAUAUACUUUUGGCCAGGAUAUAUCUGAACAAUUCAAUCACACAAACAGCUUAAAAUUGAUUGCUAGAGCUCAUCAACUGGUUAUGGAUGGAUUUAACUGGGCUCAUGAACAAAAGGUGGUUACUAUAUUUAGUGCUCCUAAUUAUUGUUAUCGUUGUGGAAACAUGGCUUCUAUCUUGGAAGUUGAUGAUUGCCAGAGUCACACAUUCAUCCAGUUUGAGCCGGCUCCAAGGAGAGGAGAGCCAGAUGUCACUCGUAGAACGCCAGAUUACUUCCUCUGAAGCAGCUGUGUCAUAACUGAUUCAAGUUACUCUACUUUUCUACCUCUCCUCCAUCAUCUUACAUAGUCAGGUAGUUGCCAAUCCUUUGCAGAAGUCUGUUGCAUCUACUACCUGCGAGUUCUUACAUGGCAUGUUUUUUUGGUGAUGGUGGGCACCAAAAGCAUGUAUACUAGGCUAGGAAGGUGGCCUUUAAUCUAUCAUACACUUGGAUAUUCUGUCAGAGAGAUUGCAUAGCUGAUGAAAGACUGACACUAUCAGAAUGUAUUAAUUAUGUAGUUUUUUUUUUUUUUUUUUUUUUGUGUUUGUUUUGUUUUUUGGCUCAUUCUAUAUUUUUAGCGUCUGUACUGGAGACGGAAAAGUUCAAAUAUUUAGUUGGUGUUUUGACCUUUCCCUUUACCAACCCAAAUGAGGCUAGGCUAGUUAAUGGCUAUUCUGUUCUAUUGUCUUAUACCUAAGCUGGAUUAAAUUUUGAAUUAUGGGUCUGGUAUUUUUCUC